AUGGAAGCAACAGUCUGUGGUGGAGUGGAAGCCUUUCCAGCCAUGCAUAUAGAAGGGGCUGAAAGGGAAGCGGAAGUCCCUGCUGAUGGAGUGGAAGCCUUCCCAGCCAUGGAAGUCGAAGCUGCUGAAAUUGACACUUCAGUUGGUGACAAACAAACAGAAAUUCAAGGGGUGGGAAGCAAGGCGAGGCCUCCCAUGGAAACUAGUAUAAAUCUGGUUGGUGAUGAAGGGGACAAGGAGGCUAAUGCCACGGUUCAAAAACCAAAUGCGGAAGGCAAAGGAUGCAGACUGAAGUGGCCCGCGAAAACAUUGUUGAGUCCAUUCACUGAUCCCUCUAGGAAAAAGAGGCCAGCUACUGGUUUUCAUGCAAAGACACCUGAGGCCCGUUUUGAUCCAACAAAACCCGUGGCCAUGGAUGAUGUGAAGGCUAUGAUACAAGUUUGCAAGGCUUCGAAAAGUGACAUCAAUGCGGAGCAGGAGCUCGAACCAUUUGUAGUUGGGGCAGAUUUUUUUUACAAACUUGUAGAUGAAACUGCAUGGAUGAGCUCGAGGCCAUUUACACCGGCAAUUGCGAAACGAGUUACGAGGAAACAAAUUGCUUCAAGGACUGUUGACCCUCCGCCUAACUACCUCAGAAAUGUACACCACUUUGUCUACGAUUCAUGGCAACAUGGUUAUGCACAAGCAUGGACGAAAGUGCGCAAGAUCUAUCUCCCGUAUAAUGUUCCACAGUCCCAUUGGGUGGUUAUAGAAAUUGACUUCGUGCGACAUACUGCCACUGUCUAUGACUCGUAUACUAUUUUUACCUCCAACCGAAUGCUUGUCCGACAUAUGGAGCCUAUUACCCAUACGCUUGCAAAGGUGUUGUAUGACAUGAGGUUUUAUGAGAAAUCGGAGGUUGAAGCGGGGAAGAGAAAGGGGAUUGACUUGUCAACGUUUAACCCAUUCCCAAUUUGCAGAAUUUCCGAUGUUCCUCAGCAAAGUGAUGGUAUGUGCACUUCUAACUUCUGUACUGCUCGGGUGGACAGUACCUCAUGUGGCAUUAUGACCGUUAAAUAUAUUGAGUAUCUCGGUGCUGGCAUUCCUUGUAAUACCAUUGACCCAGCCAAGUUUGGCUACUACCGAUUGAAGCUUGCAAUCGAGGUUUUCAGGGGAGAGGCCUAUGGUAUUGGGGAUUUCAACACUGUAGAUGGUAAUGUACAUGUUUUGCAACUGGCAUCUGAUUUAAGUAUGGCAUAUGUUCCAAACUCCGACUGUGUAUCAUCCAAAACUUGUAUCAUGUUGUUUAUGAAAGGUGUUCCUUCCAGGUUCAUACCCAUAUUGACAUCACAGAUUCUGUACACGUAUGUCACAGAAGUUGCAGGCUGUUUCGUCGUUUCAUCAAUCCUGAAAAUUAAUGUGAGGGUGUUCAUUUCUGUAACGUAA